AUGAAUGUAAUGUCACAAAACGGUGCCAUAACUGGCGAGACCCAUAAGCGCUUUGUUAAAGUAGCAACCCUGCUGUCUCUAAUUGACCCGGUCCGAGGUGAACCGACAGUACAUAGCCUCGACGUGCACCCCCAUGAAAAUGCGCGAAAAAUAGAAAGUCUUCAAAAGAAAUUCCUGGACUCAUUCGCUCUAAUCUGUUCAACGUCUGCCAAAAGCGGCGAGACAGCUUCAGCUGUGUGUAUGGAACAAGGGCAUCCUACAGGAACCGUCUUGCGACUUGCUCGCAACCUUGGUGUACCUCAACAACUACUUCAGCGUCUAAAUGAUGUAUUGGAUGACCUUGCUGCUGCUUCUUCUACAGAACUGCCAAUUCAGCAAAAAGAACAUCAACUCCUACUCAAGAUUGUUGAUCUUACACGUCUGAGAAUUGACAGCAUCUUGCAAAGACUUCGUGAUCCAAAAACUCAACAGUGCACUAAGAAAGUGGUCGACAACCUGAGAAAGGACACUGUCUUCUCCGACGACCCCGAAAAGGCCGGCUUCGCGACCUGGAUGGAACGUCUUCCGGUUCUGAUGUCUCUUGAACCCAACGCUGAAUCUGCUGUGUUGAUUCCUCACAUUAAGUGGGCAUCACGGGCGAAAUGGGUCUACUCUGAGCAUCUUGAGGCAUUAUUUUGCCCAGGUGAAGAAGAAUUACCGGACUGGGUCUUUCACAUAUACAAGCUUGGUCGAUACUUUGCAGCAGCAAAAGCGAUGAUCAAAUUAGCAAUCAAGCAGCCGUUCCUUUUUACGUCAAUUCACAUCGAAGUGAUUAAUGCCCCAGAUCAAGAACGUUUCACCUUGGGAAACGAUUUAGCGGCAUUGAAGACAGUACUUCAGAAGCUCACCGAUAUAGACCACGAUAAGCUCAUGUCUCAACUAGGCCAAAUCUGGCUCACCGGGGACCCUGAGCUGCGGUUCCGUCAGGCCUGCCGUUUGACAUUAACAGUACAUGCUGAGAUGCAGAUACUCAGUUUUUAUGACCACCAUCCUGAGCUAACGCCCCGACUUGCUUUCAUGGGAACGAGUAAGAAGACUUGCUUCUUGUGUCAUCGAUUUAUGUCCCGCCACCCACUGCAAAUGAGCGCCUCAGCAAGUCACCAGAAGCUGUAUCCGUCGUGGAUGCCUGCUCCGUGCUUCAUAUCUGAUGUGCGCAAACGCCAUAAAACGUUGCUUUGGGAGCUCAGCAGACAUUUGGAGGAUACUACUGCUCGUGAUCUUGGAACAAGGUUGGGGAUUCGUCGCCGGAAGAAUCUGGAUUCAACAGCAGGUCCAUCGCUUACAACGUCUGGAAGUAUUGCUUCAGAUUGGUGGACUAGUGGAUUGGCGCAUCCUAACAAUAUACUGGACCUGAAUCCUUCUGUUUAA